UCGUGUCGGAGCGCAGGUCUUGGACAGCGUCGGGUAUGAGAACAAGCAGCAACGAUCGCUUCAGCCCGUUCGGUCCAACACUUCUGCGCCAUUGUCUUCAUAUCAUCGGUUGCGCUUCCGUUUCGGCGCUGAUAAUAGCUGGCGCGACUGCCUUUUUAUCAGUCGCCAACUCACCAGAGCAGCAUGCUGUGGUCGCUGGCAGCGCUUCGUCAAACGCGGCUCUAUGACGGUGUCGGCCUGACAUACGUGGUUGGCUCUGUUUUGCUCGGCCUCGCCGCGCUCUACAUGUUGCGCCCGUACAUGGAGAACGACUACUUUUGGCCGGGCCUCUUUGCGUCCAACGUCUCGACGCUGGUCGCGACGACGUUCAAUUUGGAGCUCACGCUGCUGCCCGUGCAAGCGCCUUCGUCAACGCCGUUGGAUCUCAUAGCGCGCCACCUCACGUCCUCGGACGAGGCUGGGCAGCUCGCCGCGUACGCGCGCAAGCUCGUGUACGAGGAGCUGACGACCGCUGAGGCCGCGAUCGUCGGUCUCCGGCGCCUCGAGACGCAAAACAUCAUCUUUAUGGUGGCGCAGUACUGCUGGGUCGACUUUGAGAAGCGCUGGGUCAUGGCCCACACGGCGGCGCGGGCAGCGCGCUGCUGGGCGCGCGAUGUUAACAACGGCGCCGUGUACUUGGAGUCGGUCGCGCGCAACACGCCGUUCCGCCGCUGGGUCGAGAGCACGCAAGGCAUGUUUGACGUGCGCAUCGGCAACGCAGUCCGCAGCGUGAGUCCUAUGGACGGUCCAACGUGGCUCGACACGAUGCUCGACCGCAAGUGGAGCACGCUCGAUGAAGAAGUCGGCGUCUGGGCAGACGCGGGCGUGACUAGAUUUGCACUCCAGUACGCCAACCAAUUCCAGAUCGGCAUUGACGAGACGAUCACGAUCCAAAAUGCACUCGGCCUCUCGUCCACCUUUCGGCUCAAGUCGCUCGCGGCGUGGCACCGCGAUGCGCUCUGGACGACCGACUACAUGUAUGCCGGGCUCCAAAAUGACUUCAACGCCAUUGGCGCCAACCAGAGCCUCGUGCUCAACUCGACGCUCUUCUUUGGCGCGUUUGACCCGACGCAGCUCGAGUACUACAACCUCGGGUACCCACUCGCGCCCGUGUACGCCGCCGCGCACGACGCCCUGGGCUUCCUUGCCAACAUUGAUCUGCGCUGGGUGCCACUGCCGAAGGACCUCAACCUUGCCGUCCAGCGCUUUCGCGCGCUCGUCUUGCACGCGCUGGAGACAACACCGGCCUUUGCGACUGCAUUCGCAGCGAUCCCGAGCCUCACGCUGCACCCGACACCGCCGCAAUGGACCAAGACCUCGCUGCGCUUCUACGGCGGCAGUCCCAUGUGCGGGUAUGUGAGCGCCACGGACUUUGUCCAAGAGUCGUUUGGCUUUGACGAUGCGUGCGGCACCCAGCGCCGCCUCAGCGUGGGACUGACGCCCAUGAGUGCGCUCUUCGCAACUGCUUUGACUGCCACGACUGCGCAGCCGAUUUGCGCCCUUGCGCUGCCCGACGAACAGGCACUGUGCUACGACCUUCUACGGGCUGCGACUGCCGCCAAGACAAUCCUCGGUUCAUUACCCAACGACCUGCAAGCGUCCAGUGCUUUGACGCUGGACAUUCGCCUCUUGCAGUUUGUGCAAGAUGGAGCCAACCCACUCCACCUCCAGACACAAGCCAUUUUGGAGCCGUCGUGGGCCUUCUUUGGCCAUGGGAUGCUGUACGACUGGGCCAUGAACCAGCGCGAAGUCGUCUCGUUCGAAGGCGACGUCGCCUCGUACACUGUCAUGUCAUACGCUACGCCCGGCGUCGCGCUCCCCGCACCGCCCGCCACGCUGAGCCUCGGCAUGUACAUGUGGUACUGUGCUGUGAUUGUGUCGGCUGCGAUCGCCGGUGUCGGGCUUCUCGUCGUCCUCCUUUUCAGUGUACAUCGGCCGCGCGGCAGCGACUGGUUCGUCUUCAACCGUGUCGUCUCGGCCGUCUGGUCGAACCGAUCGCUGCUCCUUACGCGCGCGUUUGCUUGCAGCUUGAGCCUCGGCACGGCCCCCGUCAAGAGCAGCGCGUCACAGCGCCUCGUCGACUCGCACCGGUCGCUGUACGAGUCGAGUCUCUUUGCCGGCGAGUCGGUCUGGAUCACGUACGUUGUCCAAGAUGUGUUUACGCCACUGACGCUCCACGGCACGCGCACGUACGCUCCGUGGAGCUCCCAUCUCGCGUUUCUCAUUGUCUUCCUCCUCGACGUCCUAUCGCCCGUCAACGUCGACGCGACCUUGCGCCGCGACUGCUACUUGGUCAAUAUGGACCGCAACGUCUUCUGCAAUAGUGGCCACAUUGUCCUCGGGUCCUGGCAACGUGUGCUCACCGUGCUCGUCGUCAACGUCGGCGUCGUGCUUGUCGGCAUCCUCUUCGAGCGCUGCGUGCUCGCAUCGGGCGAGGUACCCGAGCCAUCGCUCCUGCUCUCGUCGGCCGCGGUGGCCUACUUGCAGCCACCACCCCCCGAGCAGACGUGGGAAGCGAGCUUGAACCCGGUCACGGCCUUUAUGGCGGGCGUCGUCAACAUCAAGCAGCUCGGGUGGUUUGACAUCAAGCUCUGGCGCUUCAUCAACAACGAAAAAACGCGGCUCGCGGCCGCCGAUAUGUUGCCCCAAUCGAUCAAGUUGGAGAAGCGGGACGACCAGCGGCAGACGUCGUACCUCUGGAAGGUGCGCGUGCGCUACAACAGCGUCGUCAUUGCGGUCGCGCUACUGUUUAUGGCCAUGACGUUCACGAGCAACAUCCUCUAUCUCGAGCUCGCGCAGUCGUUUCUGGCCAACGACUUUGGCUGGGAGGGCUUUGCGGCCACGGGCGUGUAUGCAUUCGUCGCCAACCAGUUCAACGAGCAGCUGCUCUUGCACGGCAACAGCACUCCACUGCCAUUUGAAGUGGCGUCUGUCGACUUUAGCGACUGGCGACAGCGCUACAACGACUCGUCCGCGACCAUCAUCUCGAGCUUUCACGCGCCGCGGCGCCAGCUCUUGGAGCCGUCGAUGCCACUCAGCACCUUUGUGGUCGGGCUUCGAAGUCUCAACCCGUGCAAAUUACCGUGGAUGUCGACGCAGUUGUGCUGGGUCGAUUUCGAAAGAACGUGGUCGCUCGCGAGCUCCAGCCGCCGCGUAGCGCGCUGCCAGGCGCAGUACACGACCAACGGCGCCGUGUACCUCGAGACAGCCCUACGCAACAUCCCCGAUCGCCAAGCGUGGGAGUCGUGCUGGGGGACGUCGUUUGAGAUUGGCAUAGGCCGCGUCCUGCGAGCGACCAACCACGGCCAGCGCUGGCUGGCCGACACGGCGGCCGUCGCGACCAGCGUCGAGGACGAGGUCGCUUACUGGGAACGCCAUGGCAUCGCGGCCUUUGCAUUUCGGUGGCAAAACUACAAGACACUGGGGCUACUCGACUCGAUCGAGGUGACGUCGGCGCUGGGCUACACGCAGCCGCUCGCGAUCAGCCACUCGGUCGGGGCGUACCACAUGAACACGCAGACGUCACUGCGCUUUUACUGGACGUUUGCGAGCGACCUCUGGGCCAUCGCAACGAACGCGACCUUGCUCAGCGGCAAGAGCCUCAUCUACGGCGAUGCCGACUUUGCCUUUGCCAACGUGAGCAGUCAGAGUGUCUUGCAGCAGAAUCUAACCAUCAUCGCGCCGCUCUCACCAGGGUUGCAGUCGCUCCACGACUCGCUCGGGCCGUUUGGCUCGAUCGACAUGGUGUUCGUUACGUGCCCCAGCGCACUGCGUACGAUGUACGGGCGCUAUCUCAGCUCGCUCUCGGCGCUUCUGCUCUCGAAUGCGACCGCGCGCACUGCUUUCGCAGAACUGCCGAGCUGGCCAUUCGUCCUCCCCGUGCCAACGUCGCUCAUGUACAACGCGUCGAUCGCGGUCGUUGGCGGCAAUAUGAUGUGCGGCGACGAUUGCCCGCCCUACCCCGCCUACUAUGGUCUCUACCGCCCGUUUGGGAUGACGAACCCGUGUCACGCGAUCUUCAGCGACAACAUGGCCACGUCCAACGCAGAGCUCAUCUUUGCGUUUCUCGGGCUCUAUGCCAACCACGCCAACGUUGCGAUCGCCGACAUUUGCGGCUUGAACGCGGCGGGCUCGGGGUGUCCCGUUGUCUUUGAAAAGUUGUCUCAGUUUGCUAUGGACGUCAACGCCACGGCCUUUGCACCCCUCGCGCCGGUCGCCCACGAGCUCCAGCGUCUCGUGCUCGCACCCGAACUCAACGUCUCGGCGGUGCAGUACAUUGCGCUCAACGGUGCUGCCGCCGCGUCGCUCUUCACCAUCAACCUCCUCGACCCGAGCGAUGUGCCGUGGACGUUUUUCGGGUGGUGCUACCUCUUUGAGUGGGUCGCUGGUCAUCGGGAAGUCGUGGCAUUUCAAGGUGACAGCGGCGCGGUGGCCGCCAUCUCGGCCCGCACCGCGCCGCGCACCAUGGCGCCCGACCCGAGCGCGAUCCCCGUCACGUUUUCAUCGCUCUCGCAGGCCGGCAACUUGUACAUUUCGUACAUUCUCAUCUGCAUCGCCGGCUCGAUCGCGCUCCUCAUUCUGACGUCGCCGACGCGGGACGUGGAAGGCAUGAACCUCUUUGCGCUCAACCGCAUCAUCGGCCACGUGUGGGCCGGCCGCACGUUCCUUGUCCUGCGCUCGGUCACCGCCAUGUGGAUGCUCAACACAAGUCCGUUGAAACUCCUUCAAGUCGAUAGCGUCACGCGCCUCGACUCGCCGCCGCUCACGUGGUACAUGACGAUCCUGGCCGCGUCCGAAGCGUCCUGGCUUGUCUACGUGCUCAACGACGUCUUUAGCUGCAUCACGCAGCAGUACACGUCGCUCUACGCUGGCCGGAGCUCGCUCGGUACGACCAUUUCCGUCACGAUCUGGACGUUCUUGCACCCGCAGCACUACGCCGCCGCGCUGCACCGCCGCUGUGACCUCGUCGACGUCGACUUUGAGCUCCACUGCGUGAGCGGGUCGAUCGCGCUCGGCGAUCCGCUCCGGCUCGGCGUCCUCUGCGGCAUUGCGCUCGCCAACAUUAUCGUUUGGUACCAACUCGCCAAAUGGUAUGCGCCGCACCAGCCGUCGGUGCCGAUCGAGACGCUCCUGCUCUCGUCGCAGAGCUUUUACCUCAUGCACUGGCACGACCGGGAGCGCGACGGCGUCUACUACCUCGACACCAUGUCGGCCGUCAUGGCCGGUCUCCUCUCGCUCUCGCACAAGAACCGUCGGUAUGUCUUUGACGUCAAGGCGUGGCGCCUGCUCGUGCUGCCGCCAGCCUCCGCCAUGCCCCACGCCAUUCCGCUCUCGCACCACUAGCCGCCAUAAAUAAUAGCACAUCAUGUUGUAUACAG